AUGCAUCACGGAAAAGUCGAAGCCUCUGCCAAUCGGGCUAGUGUGAACCGCGUCAAGAAGGCCAAACCCACUCAAACUCCGGCAGCUAGAUACAACAGAAAAGUUUUGCGCUCACUCGAGAAUGCCAUCAGUGAGGAUCCAGAGGCAGAUCUCGCCGGUCUCCUUACAUCGAAGUACAUAGACUCCCUGCAGUCUUUCAAAUUUGGUGCAUCAGCAGUAUCGCAGACCUCACCGACAGAAACUCCAAGGUCGAAAAUACCAUUUCCCGAUACCGAUAUCCGUUCGAGACUUGAUGCUUCCAAACCAUCUACUAUUUUCUGCGAGCUAUCCGCAGAAUUGGACGGCCUGCUUCGACCCUGCCAACAGCUCUCGGCAAGUAUUGUAGCCUUGCUUGCCAAAAGUGAGGUGCUUUACGAAAGUGCAUGGGCUGCAUCUGUUAUGGUGUUCCGGCUCAACGAGAAUAUUGUCGUCAAGGUGACGAGUGAUGAGGUUUUCGACAACUAUUACUUCCUCUUCACGAGCUUCAUUCCGGGCAUCAGCUUGGAGAAAGUUUGGCCUCAACUGCGCGACGUUGAGAAGCACGCUAUCAAGAGUCAACUCGAGACGCUGUUGUCAUCAUUAAGGUCACUCCCUCGUUCUGAAAGCUCACCACUAGGCGACGUCCAAGAGGGUGGCUGUCAAGACGCCAGACGAGGCGUUCGUCUCAGCUCCAAACCAAUCAUGAACGUUCAACAGUUUGAAGACUUCAUCUUCGCAGGAUCUCAGACAGCGUCGCCCCUCUACACGGACCUCUUGCGCAGCCUGAUGCCCAGUGGUUCUGCGGCGUGCGUUUUCUCACACGGAGACAUCCGCCCCGCGAAUAUCAUCGUGCGUCGAUGCGGCGAUGGAAGCUUUAGCGUCGCUGGUAUAAUUGACUGGGAGUCGAGUGGGUUUUAUCCCGAAUACUGGGACUGUGUAAAGGCAGCAAACAACCUUACACCAAGGGAGCAAUCCGACUGGUACGAGUACCUGCCGAGAUCCAUAUCUCCCCGACAGUAUACAAUCCAAUGGCUGGUGGAUAGAGUAUGGGAUCGGAGUUUGGUGAACAGCUAG